AUGAAAUCGGCGCCGGUCGCCAUCGGGGACCGCCGAGCCCCGAUGGAAGGUGGCGGCUUAUUUUGGGGGGCGGGGGCGUCUCGACCGGGUUUUAUUGUACCCUGUGAAAACGCCCACGCCGUGAACAACUUGGGUUCACUUGCAAAUGACAGUCCUUCCAAGCACAUGAGACCCAAAUCAAUAAGCAAAAGAGUGCUCAACAGUUGUGCUCGAAACACCGGCCAAACGGAACCCAUCAUUGGAACAAUUGCUGGAACAAACACCAACAGCAUGCCUUGCACUGAAGAAGCACCUUUGAUGUCCAGCCACCAUGUCGGAUAUCCGACAUACCACGCCAAACCUGCUUCCGGUUAUGACUACACGAAAAAUCCGCAACUUCCUCAACAAUCCCACCCAGGACUCGGCUAUUACGGGCACCAUUACUUCGGAAGUGCCGGUCUUCAAGCAGCAGAGUCAAAUGUGUCGCAGAAUUAUUGGCAAUCGAACGGAAAUCAGGUGCAAAAAGGCCAAAUAGGCACCUACUGCCUCAAAGCGUUAAGUUGUCGAUCACAGCGCACUGGUGAUGCCCCGUCUCCAAUUCCCACGAACAGGAGAAAGGGUGAUUCGACACCGGUUUAUCCGUGGAUGACGGAGUUUCGCAAUUCAACAGCUAGUGUCGCCAAUAAUUCUCCGGGUUGUGCAACUAAAAGUGUCGCGAUUGUCACAUCGACAGCACAGAACAAGACGGUUAUUCCGACUCCUUACGAACAAUUGGAUGGCGAGAACUCGACGAAGCGAGCGAGAACUUCAUAUACUUCCGCUCAGUUGGUGGAAUUAGAGAAGGAAUUUCACUUCAACCGGUACUUGUGCAAGCCUAGAAGAUUAGAGAUGGCUGCUGAGCUGGAUUUGACAGAGAGACAAAUUAAAAUUUGGUUUCAAAAUCGACGAAUGAAGUUUAAGAAAGCCGUGCAAUCCGGGAAGUCAUCGCCGAGCACAGGACUCGUGAACAGCAACAGUCCCCAACCAGCUUCUGACGAAACCCCAGAGCUGUCUGCCACAACCCCAGAAGCGAAACCCGUAUCAAAUCCAGUCCCAGAACUGAAACCCGUCGACACCCGACAAGAAGGCGGCGGUGCGCUUCGGAUUCGUUGCGUUUCGUCUCUCAGCGAAUCCUCGAAAACCCCGUAUCAUCGGGGUUGCAAUGUCGGGCCCCAUUUCCGUGGGUGUCACCGUGACUGGAAUCUCGAGGUUCUCUCCAAAUCCCGUCCGGUGGCAACCCCGGUCGCCAAGAAACCCGAAGUCGAACCCGCGAACCCGGCGCCGACUGUCGAGGCGACUCGUUGGCCGGAGAAUUAUCCGAAUUCCUGCAAUUACCCCCAGGCUUACCCUGGGUACGACUAUUCGGCUUACUACCAACACAACUGGUAG